AACAGUGGUGGUGUUCUUUGCUUAAGUUGGCUGCCACGUAUUUGGCAUUCCUGCCAUCUAGUUGUUUAUGAAGUAGUUUAAAGUAGUUUUAUACAAAAGUGAAUCCGUGAGUUACUGUUUGAUCACAAUGAUUCUUUUUUAUAUUUGUUCGAUUGUCCCUACAUUGUGGUUUGUCAUUGGGAGAAAACUGCCCGAGCCAGAAGUGGAAAUUGAAGUUAUACAUAAACCUUUAAUGUGUUACCGUAAGUCAAAAUAUGGAGACAUGCUUCUUGUCCAUCGAGGAUUCUUGGAGAGUAAUGGCACCAUGUUUUACUCCAGCCGGAUACAUGGGGAUAAAAAUCCUGUAUGGUUCACUCUUGGAAUCCGAGAAGUGAUUCAGGGUUGGGAUAAAGGUAUGAAGGACAUGUGCACAGGAGAGAGGAGGAAGCUGACCAUCCCUCCAUCUCUGGCGUAUGGAAAAGAAGGAAAAGGUAAGAUCCCACCAAGCAGCACCCUUAUUUUUGACGUUGAGCUGAUAGAGAUCCGUGAUGGGCCCAGGUCACAUGACUCUUUUCAGAAGAUGGAUCUCAACAAUGACUGGAAGCUCUGCAGGCAGGAGGUGAAAGAGUACCUAAGGAAGGAAUUUGAGAAACAUGGAUACUCACCUAAUGACACAGACCAUGAAGUGAUGGUAGACGACAUCUUUAAAAAUGAGGAUGAAGAUAAAGAUGGGUUCAUAUCUGCCAGGGAAUUCACCUACCAACACGAUGAGCUUUAAACGACUUACUGUUUUAAUCUCUUAACUCUAAGUAUGAAUCACAUGCAGUAAUAAGCAAACAAAUUACUGGUCUGUUUUACACAUUACAUCUUUUAGGGGUUGUUGUUUAACUUACAUCUUAACUGUAUUGUCUUUUGGUCCAAACUUCAUUACCUCCAUUUUGUGACAUUUUAUGCAAACUCUGCAUGCACUGAUAAUGUCACUGAAAUAAUCUAGUGAAUUAAAUGUUUUUAAUUAAAUGUUUUUUAUCUUCAUAAUUGGCUGUGUUAAAUGCAUUUGUGUGCAGAGGGCACUGAGUUCAUGGGAUGUUGAUGGACUUGUGUGCAUGUCUUCGAUAAGCACUAGAGGGCACUCUUUUCCUUCACUUCUCUGCCAUCCUUAAUAGGGCACUAUUUGUGGUUUCUUUGGUUCUUUUUCCAUACUCUGUGUGGUUCCUCAGAAACUAAACCAUCAAAAGAAGAGUACAGACAUAUAAGAGCAUAUUGAGAGUAAAUCACAAGAAGAUCACCUUAUUGUGUCUUUAUAAUGCAGCUUCAGUCACUGCAAAGAUGAAUAUUUAUUGGAUCACACUUGAUUUUUCCAUGUUCUAAGAUAAAUUUAUGAGUGCAUUGAGAGGUGGUGUAAAAAUACAUAUUUAAUAGUGAAUGAGCUAAUGUUUAAAACAGCAAAUAGAGGCAAACCAAGUUUUUUCAGGAGGGAAAAACCUGAUUUGACAUUGCGAUGUGACCCUUGUCAUGUCUUUGACUGUCAAAUUGCACUCAUUUUCUGCAGACAAUGUGAGUCCACAGAUCUAACCUCCCCUGUAAGUAAUGAAAAGGGUUAUUUCAUUAAGCUAUAUAGAUUAUACAUUGUACAGGAGCACCCCUCCCGUACUAUGUGUACCCUUACUUUAACUGCAGUUACAAUUCUAUAAAACAAUUAUAUAGUAAAAAGACUGAAAAGAUUUUUUUUUGUAGUCUCUAGUGACACUCAAAAUAUAUCCAGUGGAUUUAAGGGGAAAAUUUUACACCUAAAGGGCACAUAUCACGCCAAAGUGGUGAGAUAUAUUUUAAACACUGUGGAGUAUCUGGUUUUCUUCUCACAAGGUUAACCAAUGUUAUUUUCAGUACAGUAUUUCAUACAACCCUCUUAUAAAUGCCACUUUGCCAACCACACCUACAGGUAAAGUGUAAGACUGGAAAGGAUAUCUGACAGACUACAUGUGAGAUGAGACCUUCUGUUAAAAUAGCUGGGAAGAAUUUGGCAAUAGCUGCCUUAAGAAAAAAAAAAACUACCCACAUACCUGUGAUUCACCAUGCUUCAGGGUACAAGAUAUCACUUACACAGGAACAAGCCUCUCUUCUGACUGAAUCAUCAUCUAUAGCUUUUAUAGUGUGACACCAUCAUGUUAAAUGUAGACAUCAUUUUUGAGAAACUGCAAUAUUUAAACUAUGCUACAUUUAGGUUUUGCAUCAUUUAAUAAAUCAUCAUUUGAUAAAUUACAAUUGCAACCAUCACAAAAAUACAUUUUGAUAAAAUGACCAAAAAGGGAAAUAGUGUAGAUUUACUGAAACCAACUGUGAAAGGAACAUUCUCAAUGCAGCUUCAGUAUGACAUCCUCUACGUGAAGUGAAUGUUAUCUACGUCUGCACCGAGUAACAUUACUGGCAUGAAAAAAUAUUUGAAAAAAAGGGGCCAGAUCUUUUUUUUUUUUUUUUUU